AUGGCCACGGGCAGCGGAAUGAAUCGACUCAGCGAUUGUAAAGCAAGUGGCCCAACAAGACUGCGUGCUCCUCCAUUCUCUAUCUAUUUCUUCUGGCUACAAGAAUUUCUUUCCCACCGCAGCAUGGAUGGCUCGACUGAAAUGUUGGAUGGGGCACAAUCAGUACAACAGCCUACCCGUAGCCGUGGUCGACCUCGGAAAAUCCGGUCGACAAAAUGCUCAACAUGUGGCCAGGAGUUCUCCAAGAUGGAGCAUCUUCAACGACACGAAAGGAGCCACACAGGUGAACGUCCUUUCCCAUGCUCACACUGCGAAAAGCGGUUUUCUCGAAGAGAUGUUCUCAACCGACAUGUUCAGAAGCAUAUGAAGACUCUGCCUCCUGAGACUGGUGUUGCGCAAGUAGUAGCACGGAGCCGCCGCCCUUCUCCCGAUGAGGCAAAUAACGCUAGUCAAGUCGAUGCCAAUCCACCAGCGCCACCAAGUGAUCAUUUGCUUGGAGAUGUGCUUCGGGCAGAUAAUGACUUCGGCAUGCCCGAAUCAUCACAGGCUUAUCUUGAUCCUUCCAUCGCGUCAUGGCAAGGGCCCAUGGACCUAUUGAAUACGACAUCAUCGAUUGAGCCUAUUCAACAAACACCAGCCAUAGACCUUGAGUUGAAUUCAUUCGAUUUCGGGCCCGACAAAUUUCAAUCGUUGGAUGCAGACGUAAUCAAGGAUCUAGAGUACGACAUGCAAGAAUUUAACUAUUCUGAUACUCUUUUGUGGGAUACAGCUGAUCUCUCUGCUUUCAAUGUGACCUUUCCCAGUCCGUGGUUCUCCUUUCCAACACAACCACUCCAGUCUGUGACUCGGCAGCCUUGCAGUCCGCGGGAGGUAAUACCCGACGAAAGAUUUGAUCGGGUACGUUAUUGUUGGCCUACGAAGAAGGCUGAUACACGCAGCUAUCAAACUUGGAAUGAAGUUGUUACGCACCCCGAAGAUAAUGUCUUCUCUCGAUCACCAAUUGAAGUUUCGAUUGGCCAUAAUUUCUCCUCAAAGUGGGGGUUCGAUUCAGAUUGCAGACAACGCGUGAUGACGACUUUGGGCGUUGUCGAGGGAGACGACCAAUCAACCACCAAUGACAAUGUUGAUCAAGGUCUAAUAGCCCAACCACCUGUUUUGCCGACAAACAGACAAAGGGCUAGAUUUCCUUCGGUUAAUACGCUCGACUUCAGUUUGGACCUAUUCUUCGAACAAUUCCACAGGUUCGUACCAUUCAUUCAUGUUGCUACAUUUGAUGCCCGAAAGACGCCAGAUGUGUUGCUCGCGACGUUAUGCAUGCUGGGAUUCAUUAUGAUCAAGAGUCCUUCGGCAAAGCAAUUUAUCAAUGAACAUGGCAUGGUUCUUAUUGCUCGUUGCCGUCAAGAGAUUAGGGCAACCACAGUGCAGACCGCGGCACCAUUGCUACUAUCCAUCGUGGCAAGCUCGUAUCUCUCUAUAUUGCUCGGCAUUGUCAUUGGAAAGGGUGACUCUGAAGCAUGUCAGGGACUCUAUACUGAAACUGUCACGGCAAUGAUCAGAAAUGGCUUUUUCGGCGAUGACAGUGUUCAAAUGGUGGAAAAGGACCUGCCGGAUGAUAUCCUUCAGGAACGUGAUGGCUGGAAGAUCUGGGGAAGGAUGGAGUCCACCAAGAGAUUAUUGAUCGCCGUUGUCAUGAUUGAUGCAUUUUACUCGAGCACGCUAGACCUGGUUCCCAUUAUUCCCACCAAGUUUUUAAACUUAUACCUGCCUUGCGACGAGAAACUAUUUUUUGCUUCGUGCGAAGAUGAAUGGACCAAAUCUUUACAAGCUGGCUGUAGGACAUCAUCAUCCAUCCUAGAAUGUCAUGCGGACCGAGUAUCACUGUCGGAACGAACCUUCUAUCUCAACUCUCUUGGGCUCCAUGGUAUCCUUGCAACGGUAUGGAUCCGUCUUUCGGAGGCCCACCACAGACUCUUGUCACGCAAUGGUUUGGCACACGAGGGUUCCGGGCUGGUACCGUACGAGGUCUACUCCCAAGACCGCUUUGCCAGGGCUAUUGCUCCCUUCUUAGUUGACAUGAUGCAGUGGCACGGAGAUAUCUUGCAGAAUUCGAAUCCCCACUGUCUCAUCAUGUGGAACAUCUUGUGCAUGCUACUAUUAGGCAACACAUGGAUGUUUGAAUUGGGCGCUGGAAGGCAAGGUGCCAAGCCUGCGAAAGCAGCUUUGCAAUGUAUUGCCUCUUGGGCCAAUACUCCAGCAGCUAGGCGAGCCUGUAUCCACGCAGCUCAGAUAUUCUGGACCUGCUCGAAGAGGAAAGUCUCUGAUGGUAUGAUGCUGCACUCGGAAACAGGUAUGUUUCAGGCUGCUCUUGUACUCGGCUUGUACGUUCUAGUUACAAAGUCCACUUCCGAUACCUCUUCGCAAGAUCCAUAUUAUGAGCUCCUCGCGGACCUGGACUGGAGAGACGUCGGUAAUGUUGGCAUGGGAGGACCAGCUCAUUAUGCUGACGGCAUAAACUUGCCGCCUGCAACGGCCUUUAUCACCAAUGGCGGCUGCCUUACCUUCUCUGGCAUCCCAAUAGCUGGAGGCUACGCCUCAGCAAGACGAAUCCUGGUACACUUUGCCAAUCUGCUAGAAGAUGCUGGCAUAUGGCGGAAAUCCGAGAUCUGUCGAAUUCUUCACAUCAUGGGAGAUGUCCUCAUGGAGGAUGGCGUUGAAGAAAGCGCAAAUGACAUCGUCGCAUUUUAUAAUCAUAAAACUCCGCUCUUCUAG